AUGCCAAAUGACAGCCUACCGGGCUGCCGUAGCACCUCUGGGAGGUCAGCCCUGGCAGCGCGCACCAGGGCGGCGGCUGCGGACUGGGCCCGCGUGCUGCACCUCUUCGACGCUGGCGAGCGGGAUGCUGUGCUGGGGACAGCCAGCCUAUCAGGACUCGCACGCAGGGACCACUGGAGGUCUGCAAUAUGCUUGCUGGACGUUUUUCCCUCAGCGCGUCUACAGGCCAACGUCAUCAGCUACACAGCCGCGCUCGGCGCCUGCGAGCGAGGCGGGCACUGGCAACAGGCCGUCGCCCUGCUCGCCACGAUGUCCGCGACGCGCGGUGCAGCUCCCAACGAGAUUUCUGCUGGCGCGGCCAUGAGCGCUUGCGAGAAGGCUGGGCAAUGGCAAGCAGCCUCGCUCGCACUGUGGCGUGUGCGGGCUGGCCGCCUCCAACUCAACACGGUUCUGUACAACACCGCCAUUUUUGCAUGCCGAGGAAGCUGCUGGCUGCUGGCUGGGCAGUUGUUGGGCGACUUGCUCGGUCGCACGCUGCAGCCAGACCUCUCCACUGCCAGCUCAAGUGUGGCAGUACAAGCAAGGGAGGGCAGGUGGAGGUCUGCCGUGUUCCAGCUGCCGACGCAGAACGUGGUUGCGCGAGGUGCGGCACUGAGCGCCUUCACCAGCAGGUGGGACUUGGCUCUGUGGCUCCUGGGCCUUCGCCCGGACGCCGUGUGCAUCAACGCUGCCUGCACCGCCUGCGAGCGCCAGCUGCGCUGGCGGCAGGCGCUGCGCCUCGCCGGCUCCGAGUUUGCCGCGUCGGCGGCCUGGCGCCGGGCGAAGGUGGCCGAACUCAGCGAGGACCAGCCGCAAGCGGCGGCCGUCCAGGAGGCUCCCAACACACUGCCCAAGCUAGCAGUGCUCCUGUGGUCCUCAGCGUCGUUGGGUUUGGACGCCGGCCAUUUGUGCGCUGAAGUCUCCGAACGCCUUCGACACAGAGAGGGCCAAGUCUUAGAUGUGCGCCAGAUGGCUGACCUUGCUUGGGCGCUGAGCAUGCUGCCCUCAGAUUCCACCACGAUGGUGUCAUUGCAGCAUUUGCAGUGGGACUUAGCUCGCCUCACGCUCCGCGGUUCCCUGCCGCCGGACUUUCCAGACAGAGCGCUGACGGUGCUGUGGUCCUCGUGCUUUGCUGGCUGCUCCUCACACCAAGCGGCAGAGGUGGUGUGGCGGGCAUUGCAGGAGGCAUCACAGGCGCAGGGCGGCGCCUCGGCUGUGGCGCCGCUCACUCUGAAGCCGCCGCUGGCACCCAGCCCCGAGCCACGGGUGGCACUGCAGCUGCGCGACAAGGCCGUGGUUUUCAAGCCGCCGGGCUGGCAAGUGGACUACAGCCCAUCAGGGAAGACGGAGGAGGCUGAAAGCGAUGGCAAGGCAAGGAGCCACCUCUCCGACUUCUUGCGCGCCCUGGAGCCCAGCCGCACGCAAAUCACCUGCCCGCCGCAGCAUGGCUUCAUCCACCGCCUGGAUGUGCCAAGCUCUGGCUUGAUCCUGGCUGCCAGGACCUGGGGCUCCUUUUAUGACCUGAAGCUUCAGCUGGCCCUGGGCCUGCUGCAGCGCGACUACGCGGUGCUGUGCCACGGCUGGCGCCCGGACCGCUCGGAGAUCGCGGCGGCCGUGCGGUGGCUGGGCCGCCUGGGCCGGCGGCCCAGCGAAGUGGCGCCCGGGCGCCGGGCGCGGACCCGGCUGAAGGCGGCGGCGCACCUGGGCCGCGUGGGCCAGGCCUGCAGCUUCUUGGUCUUGCGAUUGGUCACUGGCCGACGCCACCAAAUCCGCCUUCACUUGGCACACGUGGGCAGCCCAGUGGUCGCGGAUGCCAAGUAUGCAUCGGCGGAGUGCUGCAAAGAAGAUUUGCAGUGGUGCAGUCACUUCCUGCACAGGUAUUGCCUGUCCUUCUUGACCUCCUUCGGGGGCUCUCGGGUGGACUCCUUCGAGUCUCUGCCGCCUGAUUUGGCACAGACCGCUGCAGGCGCCGACCUCUCGGGGAAUUUCUUCGGGGCACCGGGCUUUGCGGCGGCCGCGGCGGCUCUGGGCACCACCAGGCAGCCGGCAGCUUCAAAACGGAGGUGA